GAUCGCACAAGUUAUAUAUAUAUAUAUWUUUUUUGUCUGUUAGCUGCUUUGUGAUAUAAGUUUCAGAGGAAGCACCACUAUUAAUUAAGAUGUUUGGGAAGAAGUUUUUUGUUUCAUUCUUCUUUGUUCUCGUUUUCCUGGAGACAGCUCUGAAGAUCGAAGCUGUGGCGAGUGUUAAACUGACUAACACCUAUUUGGAUCUUAAAGGAAACACCCACAUCCGGUUUUUAGAGCCGCAAGAGCGAGUUUGGGCUGGUCUUUCCAACGGAGGGCGUCGUUAUCCUGUAAUUCACAGCGGUGACCGUAUCGCUCUACGAGUGAUGUACAGUAGCUACUCGACCAGGUGGAUAAAGUGCUCCUCAUCAAGCUACUGUUAUCAUUCAACAUGUCCUGGAGACAAGAUAAUGACCUCCAGCAAAUGGUCCUCCUGUACGUAUGAGCAGUUCUACAUCCGGGGAGUCAACAAGAAUGACGGACAGACGAUCCUCAGCGGAGAUUACGUCACACUUGCACCGUACAGGAGAGGAGCCACUUGCCGUCUCARGUGCUUUUCUUCUWCCUCGACCAAAUGCAACUCGGCCACAUGCGUCAGUGAAAGCAAAUUCAAGGGGAACAACGCGUUCGUCUACUCGUAUAUGACCUUCCAGAUCUUCUCUCGUAACGGCGUAGACGGACAAGACCCGAUACAGUACGGCGACACUGUGGGCUUCCGCUACCCAUACUAUAACCCUAGUUACUGGCUGUACUUUAGCGGGUCCUACCUCUAUGCCCGGUCGUGYAGCUCUAACACUAAAACGUCUUGCGCUUAUAAAGGCAAUCUGUUUGGCUUCCAAAUUUUCAAACGCUUGUAAGGUUUAAGGAUCUCUCUCUCUCUAAAAAAAAAAACACUUAUCUCAAGAAAGUUAAUAAAGAUUAAAUAUAUAAGAUUGAAAAUGCUACAUUUCAAGAAAAAACAUGUUGAAAAAAGGGGCAUAAAUGUAAAGUUGAAUUAAAUAUCGAAUAAAGUGAUGCAGGGAUAUAAGUAA